AUGACGGGUAGUACAGAGGCACAGGCACUGGAAGCAGCUAAGAUUAUUCUGCAAGUUGUUUGUGCUGUUGCCAUAGUUACCAACCUCCUCGUGGUGGUAGUCUUGGCAACAACCAAGACGCUACGCGUUAAGUACUACGGUCUUAUCUUCAACCUCGCUAUCACGGAUAUUAUCACUUCCAUCGUGGCGAUCCUAUUCCAGCACGUGCCGCAUCCCGUGGUGCUUUCCCUGACAGGGAUCUGCUUUCUCAACGAGGGGCUGAAUAUCUUAGCCGUGGCGGUGAACCGGCUCCUGGCGUUGAGUAUCAACCCGCCGGCGCGUUAUGACGCCAUUGCGACGAGCGGUCGCAUGGCUGUAGUCUGUCUGCUGAUGUGGGGUCUGGCUUUUGCCUUGACCUUUCCAUUCGAGUAUCUGACUGAGAAUGACAUCGGCCGCCUCGUCACGCCUAUCAUCGUUGUCAUCAUUGUGCUGCUCACAACAGUCGUCUACGUCAUGGUGUUCCGUAAGAUCGCCCAGUACGGGCUGUCGCUGAGGGCGCCCUUGCCUGAUGAGGCGGAAACGCGCAUGCGUCGAGACCGACACCUGAUGGUCACCUUCACCGUGAUCCUGGCGGCGUUUGCCAUAUGCUGGAUUCCAAAUAUCGUCGCUAAUUUGAUCACUCAUUUCAGUGGUGAGGAAUUCUGGUCCGGGCAGGCGGUCAGCUUUCGAGUGUUUUUCAAAAGCAGUGUGGUCAUUUUGGCGUCCAAUGCCGCCAUUAACCCGGUCAUUUACUGGGGCCGCAUGGAAGAGUUCCGCAGAGGCUUAAAAAGGUUGUUCUUUUGUGCGUGUGGAAAGCAGGCAACGGCUGUUGAUAAUACUGAAACAUAUGUCGAGUCUACGUUAUGA